UUCGCCUUUGAGUCGGCCGUCCGUGAUAGCCCGUUAAAGCCGAAUUUGGUUCGAUUGUAAUUUUUUCGUUGUAUUUUGCUAUGGCUUUGACCGCGUCGGGAUUGAAGAUUGCUGCGGUGGGAUUGACGCAGCGUGCAUGUCGCCCAACGCUCUUGCAAGCGGCCAAAUAUUCGUGGGAACCGAAAGAAGUGGAAACUCACACUGGUCAGAAAUGGGAAAAGGAUGAUUAUCGUUUGGCGCGUUUCAUCGACAAGGAGAAGGAAGUGAACAAGUCGUUUGCCAUUGAUCUCAUCAACCAARUACCACCUAAGCCGUGCACGGAGCGAGUUGUUUAUUGCGAUGGUGGCGGCGGACCACUGGGUCACCCUAAAGUCUACAUAAAUUUGGAUAAACCAGGAAAUCACGCUUGCGGAUAUUGUGGCUUGAAGUUUUUCAAAAAGGAUAGUCAUUAAAAAUUAUUAUAUUAUUAAACCAAAUUGUUUUGAAGAUUAUUUAGAUGAACAGAUAUUGAAUAAUAACAAAUUGUAAAUUGGAAUCUGUUUAUAUUAGAAAUAAAAUACAUUUGUUAGAAAA